GCGCAUAGCUUGUAUAUUGCGUUACUAUGAUUCAGAAGCGUGUUGCGUAUAUUGCGAAAAUAAAAGGUUUCAGUCGUGAAGUGAAAAUUAAAGAUGUCAAACGGUUCUUCAAACCGAUUAGGAUAAAAGACUUCAGGGUCCUGAAAAAUGGUAUCGGUUUGGUGUUCUUUAAGAAUCACCAGGACCUGAAUGAAGCACUAAAAAAGAAGGGGGAAAUAGGUGGAAGGGCAGUCAAGAUUGAAGAACACAUUCAAGAAGAGAAUGAAACGUCUUAUGUACAAGAACCUGAUCUACCUAAGUGGUUAGUUAAGACAAAUGACGAAAUAGUAUCUGCAAUAUUAGAGACCGGCCGGUUAUUUGUCCGUAAUCUGUCUUAUGCCUGCACUGAACAAGACCUUGAAAAGUUAUUUUCUGUUCAUGGAUCCCUAUCAGACAUUCACUUAGCUUUCGACCAUUGGUCUCAAGUGUCCAAGGGGUUUGCGUUCAUCACUUUCCUGUUCCCAUCUGACGCUGUGAAAGCCUACAAAUCACUAGAUAAAACAAAGUUUAUGGACAGGCUAAUUCACAUCCUCCCUGGUCAAGAAAACACAGAACCUAAGGACUCAUUUAGAAAGCCUCUAAAUAAUUUUUAUAGAAAUGAGAAUUUCGCUGAUCCACCAAAGAUGCUUCUAUCAAGCUUUCAAAACGAUCGAUUUCAAGAAUUGAAAAAGGAUUCAAGCGUUGGACAUAAUUGGAAUGCUUUAUUUAUUCGUCCAGAUGCUGUUGCUACAUAUUUAGCUGCGAAAUUCGGUUUGACUAUGGAACAAGUUUUAGAUCCAUCAGGAAAUAAGUCAGUUGCUGUACGAUUGGCACAUGGUGAGACACAGUUAGUUGCUGAAAUGAAAGAAUUUUUAAAAGCACAUGGUGUACGAUUGGAAGCUUUCGAAAAGCACAAUGAUGAGACUGAGGUGAAAGAAACAGAAGAUAAUUCCGUUGUUGUUCACGAAACAUCAGGUCAACGUAGUCGUUUAGAAUCAAAGUCAAGAUCAACUAUUCGUCAAUUAUCAGGAACUGCAUUUUUAAUAAAAAAUCUACCAGCUGGAACAACUGAGUUUGAAGUUCGAGAUUUGCUUAAACGGUAUACAAAAAGCUCUGUAACUGUUGAUGCUAACACUCCUUCAAUUCGUUCCGGAUUAAAACGUGUUCUAGUACCUCCUUUAGGCAUUACUGCUAUUGUAGAAUAUGCCCAUUCUCAACAAGCUCGGUUGAUGUACAAAGCACUUGCAUAUGAACCGUUUAGAGAUAGUGUUCUGUUUCUACAGUGGUUACCAGAUGGGGCUCUGAAAUCAUCCACUCCUGAUGAUAAUGAAUAUGAGGAAAUAAAAUCCGAAGAAGCUUCCACACAUAAGCCGAAAAGGACGAAACACGAGAAAUCAUCUGUUGAUAAGGUUAAAAAAAUUGAGCAAUCUGACGAUGAAUUUGAACUGAUCACAUCCAUUCCAACUGGUAACCGCAAGUUCAGAGAUGAUCAUGAUGAUGAAGAUACAGUAGCAGUUAUGGAUCACUCAUCUCAUCAUGACAAUGAAAACAUUUCAUAUCAAAUAUCAAAAUCUCAACGAGUUAAAAAAUAUUUAAAUAAAAAACAAAAGAUUGAACAAAUAGCUAACAAUAAAUCAAGUGAAUUGGAACUAAUCGACAAAUUUAUGGGACAUAAAAGUAAAAAAGUUAAAUUCACUAACGAUGUUAACGUUGAAUGUGUCAAUCAACUACACUCAAAUAAUGAAAAUAGGAUAAAUAAAUGUGAUACUACUACUAAUAUUAACGAACAACAUAAAGAGGAAAUUAAUAUUAAAAAAUCAAUACCAUCAAAACAGUUGAAAAAGAAUAAAAUUUUAAUUGUACGUAAUAUUCCAUUUCAAGCUACACAAAAAGAAUUGAUUGAGUUAUUUCAACCUAUUGGUGGUCUUGUCAAUGUUCGAUUACCAAAAAAACCAACUAGCGGACAUCGUGGAUUUGCAUUCGUUGAAUUCGACACAAUGGACAAAGCAAAAGUUAGUAGAUCGGAGGUGGUGGUUGUUAGAUUCUCUGGAUAUCAUGAAUUAAUCUUAGUUCAAUAUACAUUGGAAACGAAGAAGCGGUGAACAGUUAUUUUGUCCUAGGAUAUGACUACUUAACAGCGCGCAUCCACCCAUCCCAUUGGGAAUAGAACCUAGAACCUUCAAUCUCUCACGGAAACCCUUAACAUCUAGAUUACUGAGCCGAGAUCCAAUAGUUUAUAUGUCUAACUUCAACCAGUUUAAUGUUAGUUAAAUAAAACCUAAGAGAAGUAGUAGCAACGCUAUGCAUGUAUCUCAAACUAAUGUGUGGGAGUUGUUUAGAAUACUUUGGUUCCAAAUUUUACUCCGACUAUGAUUUUCUUCUAGUACAUAGUAUUCCUUAAGCGUCAUACUUUACUGGAUUCGGUCCAAUUCAGAACAAGAACUGAGAGCGAACAGUGCUUGCUCCAAUAAUUCCAAGUAACAAAAAUGCUAUAGUAAAAGGGUAGAUUUUAUAUACAAUUGAAACAAAAAUCUAGCAUUUUCUCGAUUCGCCUAGUAGCACUGAUCAGUGCACUUUGGUUCAAGUCUAAUCAGAUCUGCAAUAGUCAGGGCUCUGUCUUCCUCAGAACUGAUAUUACUAUCAUGAAAUUGUUAAGUACGAGCGUAUAAGUGGAAAACAGAACUACAAAGGUUAUUCUAUGAUGCAUUAUUGUAUGUAUGCCGAUUGCAUGUUUGAUAAAUAUUUGGUUUAUGAUAUUUUUAUAUUGCCCUAAUUGUAUGCUCUCAGUUAACUGAUUGGUAUUUAUUUAUUUAAACACAAAAAUUGGUACAAGGAGGCACCUAAUAUAUAUGCGCCACACUUCGUCAUUCGAUUUGUGUCAGGGCUGGAAUACUUCCCUGGCACCCAAAUGGAAGCAAGUAAUUUCCUUAUAGGACCACACCCUGAACCUUUGACUUAGAGGUCUUAUCCACAAGGCAGUGGAGCAACGUUAGGAGAUGCAGUCCCAUGGUAGUCGGUGACCAACAGUAUUUUCAUACGCCAUCUGUUUCCUUAGGAUCCUGGAGCCCAUGUUCACCACUGGUUUAGAAUCAGGGUUUUCCCGUUGUCCUAGGUGGAUUCUCCAUAUCCACUAACCUGGUUAAUGUACUGGACAUUCGCUUUUCAUCCUCUCCCUUUCAUAAACAACACCUUGACCACGAGAAGCCAGUGAGUAGGACUACUCUGGCAGUGGUUGUAUACACGUUACCAUGUGAGAGAAUUUCGAGAGGGAGAGCUGGCUCUCCCACCCUGGGUCGUACCAGGGUAUCAGGGGGCAGUGUCAAUGUGUUUUGCCACUCACAAAGAGCUGAUAAAUUAUCCCUCUUACUCAGCUUGUAUCACGAAUGACCCAGUCACGUAUAAAUUGCUGCUACUUAUUUGUAGUGCGUUGUCUUGUAAUUGGUGUAUGGUAUAAUUGGAGUUUUUUUAGUCAUAAUAACAUACAGUGAGUACAUCAGUUUAUUUUGGUCGUGUCUUGAUUGAAUACGCUGGGGGAGUAGAGAGUUGUUUCUGUUUAUCAGUGCCAACAUACUUAAUUACCAUGUUAAUAAAGCUAGGGUCACCAGUAUAGUUAGAGUAAAGCGGACUUAUCACUAGUGAACACAUUCAUUUAUUAAUCUUAUUCAAUACCCAUAUUAAAGUUGAAUUUAUAACAGAACUAACUUCAACAAGAAGAGCCUUAGCAACCAGGUAGCAGCUGUUUCGUCCUAUCAUGAAACUCCUUGAUACGACCAAGCGAAAGGUCAACCUCAUGUUCUCGAUUAGGUCUUGUAGUAAGUGCGCAGUAAAAGUAAAGUAUUCCUCAAUGAUUAACUUAUUUGUUCAUGUGGAACAUAUUAUCAAUCAACUAGAUUAUAUUAUGAUACGAUGUCAUCUGUUUGUCCCUUUAUUUAGAUUGCAUUGGAGACAUUGGGCGUAGCUACGCAUUUAUUAGGUCGUCGUUUACUCAUGGAAUAUGCACAAAUGUAAAAAUUAUUGCAACAUGUAAUGGAAUUUGUAUUUUUGUAAAUAAUAAUUCAUUCAAAUGAACUUAUUUGUCGAUUACAGAACGUUUAUUAAAGCAGAAAUACGGUUUUGCUUUUUUUCUCGUUUGUUUAUUUUACUGUAACUUGGUGUAAUGUAUAAUGUAUGCGAAUGAGUUUAAAUGUGAAAAUACUUCAAAAUAACAGUUUCUAAUAGUAAUCACUGUAUUUAGAUCAACAACAGGUUUAUAAAUCGUGUUUGACUCAUUAUUUUGUUACCUAUUGUAUAUAUACUGUAAAUAAAUAAGCAAUUUAGUUUGUACGUGAAAAAUAACCAUACUUUACAUAAAAAAUCUUAAAAAUUUCUACCUCAUAUCUGAUAAACAAAUAAAUGGACAUGUAAACUCUUGGAAUUCAUUUUUAUUCAAUUAAAAUCAGCACUGG